UGAUCCAGGAGAGGCUACAAGUCCUGAAGAUUAUCUCAAAUAUCGUGAAGCUCUUCAUUUCACCAUCAUUUUUUUUUUUUUUUAAUUACCUGUAAGGAUGGCACUUUGGAUGUUGGUGACCUUCCACCUUUGGGCUGCGUUGCAUGCUGUUCCGAAUUCAGAACAACCGGAUCCCGAGUUCAUCCCCUUCUGUAAUGCGGUUUCCCAUCAUGUCUACGAUGGCCCGGACACCCACCAGGCUUACAACUGCACGGUUGCCAGCGAGCGUUCCGACAGAAGGAUGCCACUCACCAUCGUUGUGAUGGAAGCCCCUCCCGUGAUUGUGGCAGGUCAACCAGCGUCCAUUCGCUGCGAGAGCAACAUUCGUCGCAUUUGGGACACGCUCUGGAAUGAAACAAAGGGAGGACAAGUCACGAAAGAUCUGAUCACCGCGGUCAACGGUGAACCAUUGGAGGAGUUGCGCUCAAAGCAACAUUGUUACGAUGAGUUUUCAGACAUUGAGUUUCCAGACUUCAAGGAAUGUUACAUUCUGCCUCCUAUCGUUUUUUACAACAUUCCAGAUGUGACGGUCUCGAUGGAUUCGGAGGCCAACAGUGACAGUCUCCAUCUUACUUGUCAUGUCAUCAACGUGGCCCCGGUGCAAAACUUGACCGUCAGGUGGCUGCGAGGCGACCAAAUCAAAAGCAGCGCCAGCUUUCACGAGCACUCAAUCGACAAUUCCAAUGUGACCCAGUUUAACGUCUCCGAUUCCUUGACCGUUCAGCGAAACAAAGAAAACGGAGAAAUGUACACUUGCCAAGCUGAGUUGAACCUGGAGCCAUACGACGUCAUCCGCCGCAACUAUUCCAUCCGCAUCCCAGCUGAAUCUCUUCUGGAUUUCGAGCAACGGGAUUUCAAUUUCACUCUCUUCUGUGCAAUGGAACCGAUUCGUUUGAGGAGGAAGUGGAAAGACACCCCUUAUUACAAUAUAAACCAAAUCUAUGAAUGUUGGGCCACCAGUGACCAUUCUGGCAAAAGGAUGGGUUUCUUCAUUCAUCACAUCAAAGUCACUCCCGCGCAAGCAGAACUUUUUGCAGCUUGCCCUCUAGCGGAUUCGUAUCAUAACAGCAUGAAGAAGUUGAAUGACCCGGGGUCCCAACGCUGCGACACAAACAUUCGUCGUGUCUGGGACAAGUUAUGGAACGAAACGCGUGAAGGCUACUUCAUAGAAUUUCUGAUGACCAUCGUCAAUGGCACUCUGAAAGACUGGAGCACCAAACGUCGGUGCUACAUUGACGAGUUGGACCUUACUAAAUGUUACGUGCUGCCUCCCAUCGUUUUUUACGAGAUUCCAGAUGUGAGGGCCUACGUGGAGCCUGAAUCUGGUCCUAUGUUGGCGGGCAACCGUUACAGUCUUGUUUGUGACAUCGUCAAUGUGGCCCCUGUGCACAAGUUGACCGUCAAGUGGCUGCGAGGUGACGAAAUUGUAAAAAGUGUCAGCUAUAGUGACCGAUCAUCGGAUGACAUCGACGUGACCCUGCACAACAUCUCCGAUUCCUUGACCAUUUGGGCGAGCGGAGACCAAAACGGCCAAAUUUACACUUGCCAAGCUGAGUUGAACCUGGAGCCGUAUGACGUCUUCCUGCGCAACUCUUCCAUGAACAUCAUAGUUGAAUUCCCCGAAAUCAGCCCGGUCCCUGAUAGCUGGCUGGUCCCUGAAAGCAGCCCGAUGCCCAAAAGAGGUCCGGUCCCCAAAAGCAGUCCGGUCCCCAAAAGCAGUACAGUCCCCGAAAGCAGCUUGGUCCCUGAAAGCAGUCCGGUCCCCAAAAGCAGCCCAGUCCCUGAAAGCACCCCGAUGCCCAAAAGAGGUCUGGUCCCUGAAAGCAGUCCUGUCCCUGAAAGCAGCCCUUCCCCUGAAAGAAGUCUGGUCCCCGAAAGCAGCCCGGUCCCCGAAAGCAGCCCGAUGCCCAAAAGAGGUCUGGUCCCUGAAAGCAGUCCGGUCCCCAAAAGCAGCCCAGUCCCUGAAAGCACCCCGAUGCCCAAAAGAGGUCUGGUCCCUGAAAGCAGUCCUGUCCCUGAAAGCAGCCCUUCCCCUGAAAGAAGUCUGGUCACCGAAAGCAGCCCGGUCCCCGAAAGCAGCCCUUUCCCCGAAAGCAGCCCGAUGCCCAAAAGAGGUCCGGUCCCCGAAAGCAGUCCGGUCCCCGAAAGCAGCCCUUUCCCUGAAAGCAGUCCUGUCCCUGAAAGCAGUCCUGUCCCUGAAAGCAGCCCUUUCCCCGAAAGCAGCCCGAUGCCCAAAAGAGGUCUGGUCCCUGAAAGCAGUCCGGUCACCGAAAUCACUCCAACCCCCGAAAGCAAUCCAGUCCUUGUGGCAGUCCUUUCGGCGUGUGCAUUCGUGUUGCUUGUGGUCCUCGCUGUGAUCUUUAUCUGCUUGAACAGGAAGCGACAGGGCCAGUACAGUUUCAAGAACCGGCCUGACAGCAUCCCCCUCGGAAACAGCCAUGUUGGGAACAGUUUGGCGACAUAGAGAAUACAUCCACUUCACUCUCUCAUGAAAUGAACCUCUAUCGAAUGAGCUUCUCAAAGUGGGGAUACACUCCUCAGUGUUCUGAGGCUGGGACAGGAAGGACGUGGCGGGCAUUGGGUAAGGGGAUUAAGGGUCUGUUUUUCAUAAAACUAACAAAUUGUUCAGUCAUUGGAAAUAUAUGCAAAUACCAAAAUUUUAAAAGGUGAACUUAUAUGGUGAGUACUUCAAUAAAUAUGUCAGUAUUUAUUGUCCCGCUUUAUUUUGGGACAUAAUGUCUUUUGAACUAGAAUAUUUUGACCACUUUAGUGGUUGCAUUUUUGAAUAUGCAUUUACAUUUCAUCCAACAAAAUCAUUCAUGAAUUCCUCUGACUACACAAGCUCUGUGAUCAACUGAACGGGUUCAGAUUUGAGACUCAAAUUGAGACUUAAUCUUGUUUAUUUUCCUUAUUUUCUUGGGGUGGGGCGGCAUGAGAUUUUUCUCAUGUAAAAUAUGUACCUUGGCUCAAUAAAGGUUGCUACACUG